AUGCUGUACCCAGCUCUGCUCUGUGCUGCUCUGCUCCUGAUAGCACCCCUUGGGCACACAGAGGGACGCACCCUGCACCCCUCACCUGAUGCCAUCCAGUUUGUUGAGCAGUUUCUGGAUCGCUACAACGACCUGACCCUGGAUGACCUGGAGAACCUGGUGAGCAGCCAACCAGAGGAGCCCUCUGCUUUUACUUCCGGGGUGAAAGUCGCUGAGUACCCCAAAUGGGCUGACAUACCAGCACAGGGUGACAGCACCUGGCUCCGCCUCCUGAAGGGGACCCUGGCCAAUCAGAAAAGAGCUGUGACGGACCGGUCGAGGAGAGGCUGGAACCGAGGAUGCUUCGGGCUCAAACUGGACAGGAUCGGGUCAAUGAGUGGACUGGGCUGCUAG